AUGAAGGGUGCCCACAGCUUGGCUGUAGAAGGAAUGUCCAACAUCACCAUGGUGACAGAAUUCCUCCUGCUGGGGUUCUCAGAGGUCCGGGAGCUGCAGCUGGUCCACGCAGCACUGUUCCUCCUUGUCUACCUGGCGGCCCUGAUGGGGAAUCUCCUCAUCGUCACCGUCACCACCCUCGACCAGCACCUCCACACCCCCAUGUACUUCUUCCUCAGGAACCUGGCCCUCAUCGAUCUCUGCUUCAUCUCCGUCACCGUCCCCAAGUCCGUUGUCAACUCCCUGACCAACAACAGAUCCAUCUCUUUCCUGGGAUGUGUUUUACAAGUCUUAUUCUUCAUAUCUUUGGCAUCCACUGAAAUUAUCUUGCUCACUGUAAUGUCCCACGACCGCUAUGCCGCUAUCUGCCACCCCUUGCACUACGAGGCCAUCAUGAACAGAGGAGCAUGUGGUAAGAUGGCAGCCACCUCCUGGCUCAGCGGGGGCCUCUCUGGCCUCAUGCACAUGGCUGCCACCUUCUCCAAGCCCUUCUGUGGAUCAAAUGUGAUCCAUCAUUUCUUCUGUGAUGCUCCCCUCCUCCUGGCCCACGCUGACUCCACUGUGAUCCUUAGAGAAGUCGAAGUUGCAACCUUCACUACAGGCGUCGCUCUGUUCUGCUUUGUUUCCAUCAUCGUUUCUUACAUCCGUAUCUUCUCUGUCGUGCUGAAGAUACCGACGGUGGAGGGCCAGUCCAAAGCCUUCUCUACCUGCUUACCCCACCUGGUCGUCGUCACUCUUUUCCUCUCCACGGGAGCCUUUGCCUUUCUAAAUCCGAAUUCCAAUGGUCCUUCAGGGUUGGAUUUGUUUCUUUCCGUGUUCUAUUCCAUAGUGCCUCCAGCCACGAACCCCAUCAUCUACAGCUUCAGGAACAGAGAGCUGAAAGCCAGUCUGGGAAGGAUGUUAGCUACCCGGAUGCGGUCCUCAGAGAGCCGGUCCAAAGCCUUCUCCACCUGUCUGCCCCAUCUCAUUGUCGUGACCUUCUUCCUCUCCACCGGUUCCUUCGAUUAA